UUGAUCGAACACCCACAUAUAUCUCCACGGCUCAAGCUGCAGCUGGAGCUCACCACACUCCCCUCCUCUUUCAAGUCCACACGAAGUCCUGAGCAGUGAACGAGGGAGCUCGGAACCAUGGCGUCCGUGGAAACGCCGCAAGAACAGUACGCGACCAAGCCAGCGGCCGCGGGCAGGAGCUACUGGCGGUGGCACAAGGACGACUUCUUCCCGGAGCCGUCGUUCGCGAGCUGGGGCGCGUACCGCUCCGCGCUGGCCGCGACCCCCUUGAGGCUCCGUGACCGGUUCACCGGCCGCUCCACCGAUGCCAUCGAGCUCGGCGCGCUCCGGCGCCGCAGCGAGAACGAGAUGCGCCGGUGCCUCACGUGGUGGGACCUGACAUGGUUCGGGUUCGGCUCCGUCAUCGGCGCCGGCAUCUUCGUGCUCACCGGGCAGGAGGCGCACGACCACGCCGGGCCCGCCAUCGUGCUCUCCUACGUCGUCUCCGGCCUCUCCGCCAUGCUCUCGGUGUUCUGCUACACCGAGUUCGCCGUGGAGAUCCCCGUGGCAGGGGGCUCCUUCGCGUACCUCCGCGUCGAGCUCGGUGACGUAGCGGCCUUCAUCGCCGCCGCGAACCUCAUCCUCGAGAGCAUCAUCGGCACGGCCGCGGUUGCGCGCUCCUGGACGUCGUACCUCGCGUCGCUCAUCAACAAGCCGUCGAGCGCGCUUCGCAUACACACCUCGCUCACCGAGGGUUACAACGAGCUGGACCCCGUGGCGGUGGUGGUGAUCGCGGUCACCGCGACCAUGGCCAUACUGAGCGCCAAGGGCACAUCCCGCAUCAACUGGGUCGCUUCCGCGGUCCACGUGGUGGUGAUACUGUUCGUGAUCGUGUUCGGCUUCAUCCACGCGAAGCCGAGCAACCUGACCCCGUUCAUGCCGCACGGCGUGCCUGGCGUGUUCCGGGCGGCGGCGAUCGUGUACUUCGCGUACGGCGGGUUCGACAACAUCGCGACCAUGGCGGAGGAGACCAAGAACCCGUCGAGGGACAUCCCGCUGGGGCUCCUGGGAUCCAUGUCGGUGAUCACGGUCAUCUACUGCCUGAUGGCGCUUGUGCUGAGCAUGAUGCAACCGUACACGGCGAUCGACCGGAGCGCGGCCUACUCGGUGGCGUUCAGCAACGUGGGGAUGCACUGGGCGCAGUACGUGGUGGCGCUGGGCGCGCUCAAGGGGAUGACGACUGUGAUGCUGGUGGGGGCGCUGGGGCAGGCGCGGUACACGACGCACAUCGCGCGGAGCCACAUCAUCCCGCCGGUGUUCGCGCUGGUGCACCCGAAGACCGGCACGCCGGUGAACGCCACCAUACUCAUCGCCGCCUGCAGCGCCUGCAUCGCCUUCUUCUCCAGCCUCAACGUGCUCGCCAGCCUGCUCUCCAUCAGCACGCUCUUCAUCUUCAUGAUGAUGGCCACCGCGCUCCUGGUCCGCAGGUACUACGUCAGGGGCGUGACGACGCGGACGCACGCGACGCGGUUCGUGGUGUUCCUGCUCAUCAUCAUCUUGUCGUCGGCGGGCAUCGCGGCGUCCUGGGGCGCGGCGCCGGAGCGGUGGGAGGGGUACGUGGUGCUGGUGCCAGCGUGGUUGCUGGGGACGCUUGGGAUCCAGCUCAUGGUGCCCACAGCGCGCGCGCCCAAGGUGUGGGGCGUGCCGCUCGUGCCGUGGCUGCCCUCGCUCUCCAUCGCCACCAACCUCUUCCUCAUGGGCUCCCUCGGCUCCACGGCCUUCGUCCGCUUCGGCGUCUGUACCGCCAUCAUGCUCAUCUACUACGUUCUCGUCGGCCUGCACGCCACCUACGACGUCGCGCACGAUGAAGACGAGGGGAUAGAGUACAACAACAAAGCUGCUGAUGCUGCCGCUGAGAAGGCGACGGUCAAAACGGCCGAUGUGGAGAAGGCUAGUGCGGGAGAUGGUGAGCGCUAAAGAUGGCCGUACAGCUCUGGCCGGUCUGCCCACGUACUGCGACGGCCAUGCGUGGUACUGGUACCUCCGCGUUGCUAAACACUCUCAAAAAAAACGCAAUUUGUAUCACGAAAUGAAUAAUCUUCCCACAGGAUUCUAAUGUGCACAGUCUCGACUUUGUUUCUUUGUAUAA